AAGGAAUUUGCGUCAACUCUUAAGUACCACAUCAGUGCAAAGCAUCCAGGAGUUAACCUGGAGGAAGGACCACGACCUAGCACGUCCUGUGACACAAGCUCUAGCAGUCAACCUCAUCAUCAAACCACACUGGAGCAAACACUGAAACGUAAACUAAGCAAAUCUGCAUGUGACCGACUGAGCAAUUCCCUUGCUAAGUGGAUCGCAAUGUCUUGCAGACCAGUUUCAUUUAUAGAAGACAGGGGGUUAGCAGAGGUUUUGCAAAUAGCCUCUUCAGACAUGACAUAUAACCCGCCAUCACAAACCACCAUUAUGUCAAAAAUCCAGCAGCUGUACGACACUGAAAAAAAACCCAAAAGGAGACGUACUAUUAGCAACCACAAUUACCUCGGUGUUACGGCACACAUCAUUGACUGUGAAUGGAAACUCCAGUCAUUUGCAUUAGCAAUGUUAAAAGCGGAGACCGGGCAUUACGCCGAUGCUUGCGCCAGGCAGUUUUUGUCUGUGGCGGAGGCAUGGGGAGUUCAACCAAAGAUCACCACGGUUGGCACAGACAGCGCCCGAAACAUGAUCGCUGCGGCAUAUGAGCACAUGCCUUGUGUUGCUCAUAUGUCACAGAGAACCGUCUCUUUUUGCCCCAGAGACAGUGACACGUUAGCAAAG